UGUCCGCAGUCUCUGGUCAUCUCCUGCACUGUGUCCGCAGUCUCUGGUCAUCUCCUGCACUGUGUGUCCGCAGUCUCUGGUCAUCUCCUGCACUGUGUCCGCAGUCUCUGGUCAUCUCCUGCACUGUGUCCGCAGUCUCUGGUCAUCUCCUGUCCUGUGUCCGCAGUCUCUGGUCAUCUCCUGUGCUAUGUCUGCAGUCUAUGGUCAUCUCCUGUACUGUGUCUGCAGUCUCUGGUCAUCUCCUGUACUGUGUCCGCAGUCUCUGGUCAUCUCCUGUACUGUGUCCGCAGUCUCUGGUCAUCUCCUGUACUUAUGUCCGCAGUCUCUGGUCAUCUCCUGUACUGUGUCUGCAGU